AUGAAGAGGCUUAGUCAAGGGUCAGCGAAACCGGAGUCGACCAUCUGGCCGGAGAAACAGGCAGACUGGGUCAUUAUUGGUGCAGCGUCCUUCAUAGUGCCAGUAGCGGAUGGUGGAAGAGUGCGACAGUUUCGACGCCGCGACGAUGCACCUGAUGCCGUUGCCACCUCAAAGGACGAUUCGAAGGGUGAGGUGUACCACGACUUCACGACACCUGCACCUCGCCCUCUAAAUGACUGCCUUUGUGGAGUGGUGUAG